AUGCGCGCCGCGCUCGCCCUCGUCGCCGGCCUGCGGCUCGCCCCGGCCCUCCCCGCGCCGAGUCUCGCCGUGCGCGCCGACACGGCCGCCGCCGCUGUCCCUCCGCCGCCAGUCACGCACGACUCGGUCGCUAUUCCGCCCCCGCCAGUGACGACUGCUGCCCCCGACCCGCCGAAACACACCCCACCCCCAGUGACCACCCCGGCCGUGGUCACCCCUCCUCCACCUCCCCCUCCGCCGCCGCCGCCGCCGACAACACCGGCUGCCCCGCCAGUCGUGCACACCACCGUCGCGGCCCCUCCUCCACCGCUCACCACUGCCCCCGCCGCCCCACCCACCACGCCCGCGACUGCCGUCGCCCCGCCCACGUCCCUCGUCGCGUCCAAACCUACCGUCGCCACACCCACCCUGCCCACGCUCUCCUCCAUCACCCAUGCGGCCACCCCGACGACGCCGACGACAACCAUCUCCCUCCAGCCUGGAUCCACUGCGCGCGCCAUCACGGCCGCCGACCCGUCCGCGAGCGCGUCCGCCGCGGCGGAGGCCGCGUCCAAGUCGGCUGCUCAGUCCGGCCUGAUUGCAACCGCCGUCAUCGGCAGCUUCAUCGUCUUCGUCAUCAUCAUCGCAUGCUGCUUUGGCGGCAUCAAGCGCCGCUUCAAGAAGAAGGACUACGAGCAGUGGGUCGAGGCCAGCCCAAGUGGACCUGACCCCAGAAUGCCCGAGCCCGAGCCCAAGCGCGAAGUCGACAACAGCGGCGGGUACAACGACGUCGAGGUGUUCGCCGUGCCCCCUCCUCAGCCCGGCGCGGGGAUUGCGUCCAGCGUCCACUCGUCGCAGUACCGCGGCAGCUUUGUGCCCGCAGCAGCGAGCUACCGCACGAGCCAGCAGAGUUACUCAACACAGGGGUCAAACCAGCCCUUUGCGGUCCCGUACGGCGUCGAGUCCACGCCGCCGGGCACGCCGGUGCGGUACGCCUCCCCGCCGCCCUUGAGCGACCCGUACGCUCAUGCGCGUCUGUCCGCCGCGCCGUCCCUCGCGCCCAGCUACGCGUCCAACCCAGGCAGCAUGUACACGCCUGCGCUGCCGGACCUAGCGUACGCGCCGUACGCUGCUCCGGGAGCGCAGGGCUCGCGCGCGUCGGCGCAGAGCUUCAGCAGCCUCGUGUACACGCGCCCCGGGUACGGCAGUGGCGUCGGCGGCCUCCCGCUCCCUCCGCCUGCUGGACCCGUUGGAUCCUCGCCACUCGCUGCACAGAGCCCGCCCGGAUCACCCAGAUCCGCACAGGCCUCAGCGUAUGCCCAUGCGCCGUCCCCCCUCGCGGCGGGCAUGAGCCCGCUCGACCCGUACCCUCCCCAGCCGCUGGCAGCGGCGGGGUACGCUCCGGCCCAGAUCAACGUCGCCCAGCAGGCCGAGAGCUAUGAGAUGCAACCUCCUCGCGCAAGGGCACCCCUCCCAACACCGCCAGAGGCACCCGCCACCCCGACGACGGCGCGAGCUCCCACCACCACCCUCGCUGCGCCGACGCCGACGCGCCCCACAAACUCGAUCUACGGCGGCGUCGAGGAGCCAGAGCACACGCUGUCCCCAGUACCCAGCAUCCCGCCGGUGUAUUCCCCCUAG